AUGACUUCUUCGGUUCUAGUGGUGCUGCUGGUGGUGCUGGCCAGGAUUCCAAGGCCUAUCAAAGCAGAUUCCAUAAAGGAAUCCAUUUCCCCAGCUGGCGACCUUCCAAAAGAUACUUUCAACGAAUCAAGUCCCACAAUUGUGAAUAUUUCAGACGUUGAUAGCCUAAAGGAACUCGAUUCUCGGAAUUUGGAAAGCUUUGUCACCGAAGUUCCAAGUCAAAUUGGUUCCACCAACUUCAGUCCGCAAACUACAACUCCAAAUCUUUUAAAAUCUGAGGCCAAACCACAAUAUUCAGAUUCUAUAAGUUCAGAAGAAAUUAUUUCUGACUUUGUGUAUACUUUCGGGAACGAAAGCCUAAUCUAUUUGCGAAAUAGGAGUUUUAAUAAAACCCCCAUUGAAAAGGAAUUAAUUUUGGACUUCCUAAGAGAAGAGAAUGCCAACUAUUGCCAAAAUAGAUUUUUUAACGAAUGGGAAGGGACUGGGCUUCAGGGAGGUGACAGGAUCAACCUGCGACAGCUGCCGCCUUCGUAUCAGGACCUGCUGGUUGAUCGCUUGCAGGAUCAGCUGCGUCAGCUGCUCAUCGGCCUGCCCCUGGACAUAGCCUUCUCCACCCUCAACUAUAUCUGCAGCACGAUCGUCGAUCUCGGCGUGGUGAGGUCCAAGCUCGUGCCGGAUGUCUCGCGCAUGAGGUUCCUUCUCCACACCGAGCACGCGUGCCAGAACACCAGCAUUCCACUGACGCAGGCCGAGGAGCUGUGGGACACUCCCGGGUUCUACCAGGACAGACCCACGGUCCUGUUCAUCACCGGCUGGAGGACGAGCAUAAACGACUCCAACAGCGGACCCGUGGCCAAGGCCUAUGGUUGUCGCAAUGAUACCAAUAUUUUGGUUCUGGAUGCCGCUGACUUUGUGGACACCCUGUAUACAUGGUCAGCCCUGAACACAGAGGUCAUUGGAGCCUAUCUGGCCAAGGCACUCCUCCGCCUAAAUGCGACCUAUGUCACGAACCACUUCCACUUGGUGGGUCACAGUCUGGGCGCCCAGAUAGCAGGCUCGGCGGGCAGGAACUACCGGCAGAUGUCGGGGGGCCUGACCCUGAAGAGGAUUACUGGACUGGAUCCGGCCAACCCCUGUUUCUACGACGGCAACGACCUGGAGGGUCUGCGCAGUGGGGAUGCCCGGUUCGUGGACAUCAUCCACUCGAAUCCCGGCAUGCUGGGCACCUCGAAACGCUCUGGGGACGCGGACUUCUUUGUCCAGGGUCGGGUUCCCUUCAAGGAGGGCUGCGAGGGCCUCACCGCCAUCAGCUGUUCGCACCAGCGAGCCGUGGACUACUGGACGGAAACGGUCUAUCCCUCGAAUGCGAACGACUUUCUGGCCCGGCGAUGUGACCGCUACUCGGAACUCCUCCUUGGCAGCUACUGCCGGGACACGAGGACCGUGAUGGGCUACGCCGCCAAGCCCACGGAUCUGGGCCUGUUCUACGUGGGCGCCAAUCGGGCGGAGCCCUACGGCAAGAAUGCCAAUUCGCAGACCUACACAUAUUCAACCACCGCAUGCGGAUCCUGCGAGUAAAAUUUGUAGAACAAAUCUGAAACUAGCUAUAAUCCUAAUCCAUUAUUUGUAUAGUAAAAGGGCGUAUUCAAUUUCGUGGAAAGCAUGUAACAGCCAAAAGGUAACGUUUCCGUCCUUAUAAAAGGUAUAUAGAUUAUUACUAGUAAAAAGAAAUAAUUCUUAUUUGUGUAACU